AAAAAUGAACUGCACUUCAACUUCGCUGCUGAAUUCCUCCUUCCUCCCAGCUCCACCUCCCUAUACCACCACCACCUCCUCCCUCAAAUCACCCACACCCAUCCUCCGCCGCGUCACCGCCAAAAUGUCCCUCAACAAACCCCCCGACCCAACCUCCCUCCUCACCUCCGUCACCAACCUCCUCUGGGGCCCCACCCUCCCUCCGGGCCUCCUCAUCUCCACCGUCCGCUCAGCCUGGAACGCCACGUGGCGCCUCAUGAUGUCCCAGCUCGCCCCCUCCGACCCCUCCGACCCCUCCCUCGCCUACACCCGCCCCCCUUCCCGCUUUCGCGCCACACAAAUCCCCCGCCAAAAUCGGACCUCCCUCCACCUCUACGUCGGCCUCCCCUGCCCCUGGGCCCACCGCACCCUCAUCGUCCGCGCCCUGAAAGGCCUCGACGCCGCCGUCCCCGUCUCAGUCGCCGCUCCAGGCUCCGACGGCUCCUGGGAAUUCAAGGACGACACUCGCGACCCGGAUACCCUCGACCCGACCCGGGACAAGGCAAACGGGUUCAAGACCCUGAAACAGAUCUACAAGUCCAGACCCGGCGGGUACGACGGUCGCUCCACGGUGCCGAUGCUCUGGGACGCCAAGAACAAAGAAGUAAUAUGCAAUGAGAGCUAUGACAUAAUCGAGUUGUUCAAUUCGGGUCUAAAUGACCAGGCCCGUAACCCGGGUUUGGAUCUUUCACCGCCUCACUUGAAGUCAAAGAUUGAAGAAUGGAACAGCAUUAUCUACCCCAAUGUCAAUAAUGGAGUCUACAGGUGUGGAUUUGCUCAGUCUCAAGAAGCAUAUGAUGCAGCAGUGAGUGACUUGUUCAACACUCUAGACAAAUUGGAGGAUCAUUUGAGCCGAUUUCGCUACCUCUGCGGAGACGAACUGACGCUGGCGGAUGUCUGCCUCUUCACCACUCUCAUUCGAUUCGAUCUCGCCUACAAUGUCUUGUUUAAAUGCACCAGGAGGAAGCUGAUCGAGUAUCCAAAUCUUCAUGCUUACAUGCGUGACAUUUACCAAAUUCCGAAGGUUGCAGAGACUUGCAAUUUUCAAUUGAUCAUGGAGGGCUACUACAAGACCCUUUUCCCACUCAACCCGGGCGGCAUUCAGCCAAUCAUUCCUGCUAGAUCCGAGCAUCAAGAACUUCAGAGACCACAUAACAGAGCUUCGUUGUCUCUUACAGAUGCAAAGGAAUCACCACCAGCACUUUCUGUAUCUUAAGGGAUGCGGCAAGGUGGUACAUAUGCGUACAUGAUGAACCUACGGAUAUGUAAUGACAAUAUAUUUGCAUAAUGCCUUCUAUCAAGGGUGCUUGUCCCCUGAAG